AUGGAACCAAUCGCUUCUUCUUCUUCUUCUUCUUCUUCUUCUACCUGUUCUACCCUGCCGUCUCUUCUUCCGGCACGAGAGUACGAGGUUUUCCUGAGCUUCAGGGGAUUCGACGUUCGCAAUACCUUUUCCGAUCAUCUCUACGCCUCUCUGUCGCGUUCCAAAAUCCGCGCGUUCAGGGACGAGGAAGAACUCCCCAAAGGGGAAGAGAUCUCCCCUUCCCUCAUCAGGGCGAUCGGCGAAUCGAAGAUUUACAUCCCAAUUUUCUCGGAAAACUACGCUUCCAGCAAAUGGUGCCUUCAAGAAUUGGCACAAAUGGUGGAAUGCUGCAAGCGAGAGAAAGGGCACCUGUUUCUCCCCAUUUUCUACCUCGUGGAUCCUCGAGACGUGCGGCAUCAACAGGGUCCGUACGAGCAGGCGUUCGAGCAACACGCUCAGAAGCAUAGCUCGCAUACCGUACAGGGAUGGAAGGAAGCCCUCCAAGUUGUCGGCAAAAUGAAAGGAUGGCACGUCACGGAAUCGAACGGACAGGGGGUUGUGAUAAACGAGGUCCUCUCCAAAAUCGAGUUACAUUUGAGAAGGAUUUAUAGGUUGGUGACGGACGAGUUAGUGGGUAUUGAUACUCAUGUGGAAGAAGUGGUGAAGCUGUUGAACUUAGGGUCGAACAACCCAAAAGUCAUUGGCAUUCAUGGAAUGGGUGGUAUAGGUAAAACCACGCUAUCCAAGGCGGUUUAUAACAAGAUUUCUGCACAGUUUGAUCGAUGUUGUUUUUUAGAAGGGGUAAAGGAAACAUUGACAAGAAAUGACGGAGUUAUAUCUUUGCAGAAUAAGAUUAUCUCCAGUAUUUUGAGGCAGGAUUAUCAAGUUGAAAAUAUGAGUGAGGGUAUCAAUGUGAUAAAGGAGAGAGUUUGUAAGCACAAACUUAUUCUUGUUCUUGACGACGUAGAUGAUAAGUUUGAAUUUGAUCAGAUUUUAGGAAAAUUGAGAGAUUUUUCCUUAGAAAGUAGAUUCAUUUUCACAACAAGAAACAAGAGGGUUCUAGAUUUCUUUGUUGGAUGUAAAAUCUAUGAAGUGGGAGAAAUGAGUCCUCAUUAUUCCCUUAAACUUUUUAGCAAACAUGCUUUUAGGACAGAUCAUCCUCCGAAGGAGGACGCAGUGAUAAGUAAGGAAUUUGUAAAAGUAGCUGCUGGGCUUCCUUUAGCUCUGAAGGUUAUGGGAUCACUUUUAUUUCACAGAGAGAGAAGGUUUUGGGAAGAUAAACUGAAACAGUUCAAAGGCAUACUCUCUCUUGAAAGUGAAGUGUCGAAGAUAAUGAAGAUAAGUUACGACGAGUUGACUCCCACCGAGAAACAGAUCUUUCUCGACAUCGCUUGUCUUUUUAUUGGAUCAAAGAAAGAGGCGCUCUACAACAUGUGGAAUGCCUGCAGUUUUCAUCCAGAGAGUGGAAUUAACACUCUCGUCGAUAGAUCAUUGAUGAAACUCGAUGAAGACAAUCGGUUUUGGAUGCAUGAUCAUAUCAGAGAUCUUGGGAGAGCUAUCGUGCAAGAGGAAGACAUUCGACAUCCACACAGACGCAGCAGAAUAUGGUCCGAGAAAGAUGCGAUGGACUUGUUGAGAAACAACGAGGUAAACAAUCGGGCAGAGGUUCUUAUGGUGGAUAUGCUGCGGUGGAAAAAUGAAGUUCUGACAGAGAACGAGUUCAAGAAACUACACUGGUUGAGGUAUCUGGAAGUGCGCAAAAGAAGCUUGACGGGCGAUUUCAGCAAGAUUCUUCCAAAUCUAUGCAUGCUCCGACUGUACGUUUGCGACUCGACUCCCGCCAAUCUCAACAUGAAGAAACUGGUCGUUCUCGAUCUCGAGAGUUGCGGGGUGGAAGACAACUGGAGAGGAUGGAAGGAAAUGCAGUUGGCACAAAAGCUAGCAGUCAUAAAUCUUCGAGAUUGCCAGGAGUUGACAAGAGCACCCGACCUGUCGCAAUGUGUCAGCCUGGAGUCGAUCAACAUCGAGGGAUGUUCCGCGAUGAAAGGAGCUCUGCACAUCGGCAAUUUCAAGAACCUGAAAACCCUGAAGCUCGUCGGGACCCAAAUCACCGAGCUGACAGGUGACAUCCGAAUGCUUCAAAAACUGGAGGAGAUCGACGCUCGUCAUACGGAUCUGAGAGGGCUACCCGCCGGAAUUGACAGUUUGACCUCUCUCAAAACCCUGAACCUGGCGUCAGAGGACGAGGUUACGCCUCACAGUAUGAAAGUGGGUAGACUUCCCACAAGUUUGAAGAGGUUAUCCAUCUCGUCUCGCGGCGAGAUUCCGAACCUUUUAGAGCUCAAGGAGUUGGAGUCCUUGAGUUUUUCCCGUUGUUAUCAUCUUCAGAUUCCUGAAGACAUUGGGGAGCUGGUCAAUUUGAAGGAAUUGAUUGUAUGGAGAUCCCCAUUGGAUGCUCUGUUUCCGCUGAAAGCCCUGCCAUCGUCUUUAACCACUUUAGCUGUUGUGGAUUGCGGCAAAUUGUGGAGACUUCCCAGUCUGGCAAAUCUGAACAAAUUGACGGCUCUCAAUCUCAAACAGUUGGGGGCAUGGGAGAUUCGCGGGCUGGGAGAGCUGAGAGCGUUGAAGACCAUGGAGAUCACCGACGCGCCGAAUCUGAACAAGCUCGACGGCCUCGAAACUCUGUUCCACCUCACACACUUGAAGCUGGAAGGCUGUGGCAGCCUGGCAAAAUUGCCCAGUCUGGCAAACCUGAUCAAGCUGCAGAGGCUCGAGAUCAUCAAUUGCGGACAGCUGAAGGACAAGGUUACAGGGCUGGAGAGAUUGGUGUCGCUGGAACACCUGAGCUUCGAAGGUUGCACAUCGAUUCGAAAGCUUCCCACGGAUAUGUCCAAGUUAAGAAAACUCGAGCACUUGAAUGUUCGCCGCUGCACGAAAUUGAUGGAGGCCACAGGGAUCGAGGGACUGGAGUCGUUGCGGUUGCUGGACAUGUCCGGUUGUAGCUCGAUAACAAAGUUGGGGGAUCUUUCGGGGCUCAAGAAUUUGGUGGAACUGCACAUGAAGAAAUGCACGAAGCUGACCCGUGUCACGGGGAUCGAUCGACUGGAGACGUUACGAGCACUAAAAAUGUCGGGCUGCAGGUCGAUCAAGCAGUUGGGGGAUCUAUCGGGCCUCGAGAAUCUGCACACACUGGACAUCAGCGGAUGCAUCGAGCUGACCGAGGUGAAAGGGAUCGAGCGGUUGCCAUCGCUAGAAUAUCUAUGGAUGUCCGAUUGCAGGUCGAUCAAGGAGCUGGGCAACCUCUCGGGACUGAGGAAAUUGAGGCAGUUUCACAUCAGGGGAUGCACAGAGCUGACCGAGGUGAAAGGGCUCGAGCGGUUGCAGUCGUUGGAGUAUCUGUGGAUGUCGGAUUGCAGGUCGAUCAAGGAGUUGGGUGAUCUUUCUCGUAUGAAAAAGCUGAGGGAGUUUGAUAUCAGGGGAUGCACGCAGCUAGCUCAGGUGAAGGGAUUGGAAGAGCUGAAGUGGCUAUGGGACCCGCGAAUGGACAAGAGGUUGAAGGUGAAGUAUCUGUGGGAAAGAUAUGGGGAGCGACAGGUGAACCGGGUCGUGAGAUUUGCACAUGAGAAGCACUUAAGGAGGAGGCACAGUCGCAAUGGCGCUCAACCCCUCAGCCCAGGAAAGACUUAG